CUCCUGAAUUAAUCCCCACAACAACCUUGUGAUAUCUCACUAGACUGGCUGAGAGGCAGUGACUGGCCCAAAGUCACCCAGUGUGCUUCAUGGUUGAGUGGUGAUUUGAACCCUGGUCUCCAAGCUCCUAGUCUGACACACUAACUACUCAGCAUUGCAACCUUUAUGAGAUUCUGCCCAUCCUUGGUACAAAAAGUUCCAGGGCUGCAACAGAGGAAGGAAUGUCUCCUUCUCCUCUGAGAAUAUGAAAGCCCGUUGCUGAUACGAGCAGACCGGUCCCUUGUAAGGGCAGACAGCACAAAAGGGGGAGGCGUACAUGCAGAGUUUUGCUAUGAGCAAAGCUGGAAAUUGCCUAAAAUAAACCUCCGGCUACUCCAAGAGGACCAUCAGGAUUUCCUUCCACUUCUCCUCUCCCUCUUCUUUUGAGGGACCUUCUGCUCUGACCAGCGCUAGAAGCAGAUCUGAAGAAUUCCUGGCUGGCUUUCAUCUUUCCAGAGGGGAAGGGACUGUUCCUUCUCUGUCCCCUCAAGCCUCUGCUGGAAGGUGCUUCUGACCCCCUUUGGCUCUCUGGUAGGGCAGGGCUGCUUCAAUGAGACCCAACUGUCUCUGCCGGUUGAGAACGCCUGUCCCUAGGCUAGCACUGCUGUCCCUCUAGUUCUUCCCGUUGGACCAGCUGGGAUUGAGCAGCAGGGAUGGCGCUCCACCGGACCCAGAAGCUGAACCUCUUGCGGCUGUUGGUGCUUCUCACUGUGGUGCUGGCAGCCAUCAAGUAUUUCUUCAGGGACAGCUUCUCCCUGAAUCAAUACAAGGGAUCCAGCCAGGAGAGCAGCUUUUGGGGCAAGGCCGGUGACCUCAAGCACUCCGCAGAGCCUCAGGGCCAGUCCUUGGGGAUCCCGGAUGUCAAGGUCGUGGCAGCCGCCGCCCCUGCGAGGCAGGACGCCAAGAAAAAGGCCCUCCAGGAUUUCAGCUUGAUGCAGUUGCGGCUGGUCCAUCUGGACCUCAAGGGAGCAGCUCCAAAAGUCUCCUACCUGGAGCAGAUCUUCCCGCUUUUCUCCAAGCUGGGUGCCAACGGCAUCCUGAUCGAAUACGAAGACAUGUUUCCUUUCAAGGGAGACCUCGAGAUCCUCAAGUCUCCAUACGCUUACAGCGAAGAAGAUAUCGAGAAAAUCCAGGAGUUGGCAGUGCUCAACAAACUGGAGCUGAUCCCUUUAGUGCAGACCUUUGGCCACGUAGAGUUCAUCUUGAAGCAUGACAAAUACCGGCACCUCCGGGAGGUGGAGCGCUUCCCCAACAGCUUCAACCCCCACGUCCAGGAAACAAUGGUCGUCGUGAAGUCUGUGCUGACCCAAGUCCUGAGCAAGCACCCACAGGCCAACUGGGUGCAUAUUGGGGCAGAUGAGGUCUUCCAUCUAGGGGAAGGGAUGGACUCCAAGAACUGGAUGAGUCGCAACGCCGGCAACAUGGGCAAGAUGUACCUGAACCACAUCCGGGAGGUGGUCAGCUUCAUCACUGGCCAGUGGGGUCUGCAUACCCUCCUCUGGGAUGAUAUGCUGCGGAAGGUUGACAUGGCAGCCAUUCAAGAUUCUGGCAUUGCCAAACACGCUUCUCCUGUAUUGUGGUUUUACGCCCCGGACUUUGAUACUCAGCAAAUAGGAAAGUACAUUGCCAAGUAUGCAGAGUGUGGCUUCAAGACCAUCUGGUUCGCCAGCGCCUUCAAGGGCACGACGGGCCCCGCCCAGGCUUGGACACCCUUAAACAACCACCUGCAGAAUCACCUGAGGUGGCUGAAGGUCAUCCAGUCCAUGUCGAAGACGCCCUCCAUCCGGUUCCAGGGCAUCGUCCUCACCGGGUGGCAAAGGUAUGAUCACUAUUCAGCUCUGUGUGAGCUCCUGCCUGUGGGGAUCCCUUCGCUGGCUGUGUGUCUGCAGACUUUGGUGAAUGGGGGAUUUACAGAAGCUACCAAGAAGAAGGUUCUGUCCAUGCUUGGCUUCGAGAACAUGCAGUUGGAGAAGAGCAUAUGUGAUGGCAAUGGGGCAUUUCCAGGUUCUGAUAUCUACCGUAUGGUGGAACAGGUCACGGGGCAGCUAAGAGACUCCAUCAUCAAAGUCCUGGAAGAAGAGAGCUCUGUCAAGGGAUGGUUCAGUCCUUACCAUCGGAAGCACCAGUUUGGAAACCCUCGUAACCUGGAGAGCUUUGGUAGCAAAGUUCUCAAAGUCCACGAGGACUGGGAGAACUUCGUCCAGAGCUUCCGCUCCCGCAUGGAGAGCAUCUACUUCCCAGACACGGUGGAAGAAUGGAUGGAGGAGAAUGUCAACCCCUACCUGGACCGGUUGCGCGAGUUUGUCCGGGACUUCAGGGAAGUCAUCCGCCUCAACGCCCGGCCCAAGACCCUGUAGCGGGGCGCCCCCACCCCAUCGCCAGCCCAGAAGUGGGUGUCCAAUUCAGUUGCUCCACUGUUGUGUUGUCUUUUAACUUGGAAGGAGUGUGCAGGCCAGAGGAGAGGAGUCUUGUGCCUUGCCCUUCGGCCAUCAAAGCAGAGGCUCAGUGGGCAGAGUUUGGAGGCUCUUUACAGCCAGUCUCCACCAGGCUUCCUUCUCCCACCCCCUUGGAAGAUGGAAUUAGGGCUGAGCCAAAACGCCCCAGCCCCCCACCCCACUGGGAAAAGCAGUGGGGGCAGCGGCUUCCCCAUUUCCCCCCUCUUCUUUUUACUUUUCACUGCUGUAAGUGGUGGGCAGUGAUGUGGUCUCCCCUCCCUCUGCAAAAUGACACUUUCCUUCUUCCUUUUAAUUCCUGCUGCUUUAAGUUCUGCCAGAGGCCCAGUGGCUGCCAUUUUACACUACAUUCCCCUUCCCCUGGGAAUGUCACUAUGCCAUGGCAUGACAUCUCAAUCUCAUGGGGUGCGUGUUGGGGGUUGGCAGUAGGCUGGUGGCCGCUUUCUCAACAGCCCCUGCCUCACCUUCUUUUCCUUCCUUUUAAAUGCUCGCUUAGCCAUCCCUCCACCUUCAGCUCUUCUCCCUCCUGGAAUGACUCUUAACCCCCUGCAAUGCUGCCCCAUGGAAAUGACCAGAUCUUGGAUAGCCAACAUAGUGGUGCCCUUCAGAUGUGGUUGGACUCUCUCCAUAAGUCCCAGGAGUUGAGGAUGGAGGGAUUUGGAGUCUUUAAUGACAUCCUGAGGCCUCCGUAUUGGCUGCCAUAUUUGCACCAGGGAUGCUUCAUCCACCUUGCAAAUCUCCCAUUUCCACCUGGGGGGGGGGGGGGACGUGGAAUCAAAAGGAAGCGUUUGGAGCAGCUCCAACCAGGAUAGUGGAGUUCUUUCUCUGGGGGGAGUGGGUGACAUUGGAGGGCAAACUUUACCAAAACGCCUGUUUGAAGAGGCAGUCC